UGCGUCGUGACGUUACGCGGAAGUAAUUCGACCAAGAUGGCAGCGUCCUUGACAGGCAUGUUUUGAUUGAAGCUGAAUGUAAACCAUGCACAACAGAUGCACAUUUCCAGGCUGCACGACCGACAGAAGAAGACUCUGAGAGCGGAGCAUGGAGAGACGAGAGUUCGUCGCGUCCCUGGUGGCAGGAGGCUGUGCAGGGAUGUGUGUGGAUCUGACCCUCUUCCCCCUGGACACCAUUAAGACACGACUGCAGAGUCAGCAGGGCUUCUACAAGGCAGGGGGCUUCAGGGGCAUCUACGCCGGAGUCCCAUCUGCUGCUGUCGGCUCCUUCCCCAAUGCCGCUGCUUUCUUUGUCACCUACGACUGCACAAAGUCCCUGCUCGGCGCCGGCGGAGUGCUAGCAGCACCACACGUGGCACCUGUCACUCACAUGCUGGCCGCCUCCCUGGGAGAAAUAGUGGCGUGUCUGAUCCGGGUGCCCACAGAGGUGGUCAAACAGAGGACCCAGGCUUCUCCUUCAUUCACCACCUACCACAUGCUGCUGGCUACACUCAGAGAAGAGGGUGUCCGAGGCCUGUACCGAGGAUACGGGAGUACGGUUCUCAGAGAGAUCCCGUUCUCGCUGGUGCAGUUUCCACUCUGGGAGUAUUUAAAGACUCUGUGGUCGUUGAGGCAAGGUCACACGCUCUACUCUUGGCAAGCUGCAGUGUGCGGAGCUUUUGCAGGUGCGGUAGCAGCAUUUGUUACCACUCCUCUUGACGUGGCGAAGACCAGGAUCAUGCUCGCAAAGGCCGGGUCAACCACAGCCAGCGGCAACAUCCCGCUGGUGCUCUAUGACGUUUGGAAGAGCCGAGGCCUUACAGGUCUGUUUGCAGGCAGCAUUCCGAGGGUGACCUUCAUCAGCGUGGGUGGUUUCAUCUUCCUGGGAGCCUACGAGAAGGUCCGCCGCACUCUGCUAUAGCAGCACAUCCUCAGCGACCGUCCUGAGCCCUGACCUGGUGGAGGAACCGCGGGGAAGCAGCACCCCCGCCUGCACCUCCAUGCUGCCGGGCCCAUGAGAAGCAAGGAACACCUGGUGCUCGGGUGGGAAGAGCCAUCCGUGCACCCUGAUCGCAUUACCCAGGGUGCUGCAUUCCUGCUCAUCAGUGCCCCGCGGGUUGAGUUUAACAGCCCGAGCUCGCGCUUGCGUAACGGCACCAGCGGUUUGGUGAAAUGACCGCGUCACACCAGACUUGCAAUGAAGCAUUUUUACUGUUCAAUGUGUACUGUGCGUGGAUCAAUAAGUUAUGGUAUUAAAGGCCGUCUCUUUUUAUACUCUGA